AUGUCGCAGAACGAUUUUUUACGAGAACUUUGCAGCUGGUCUGCAGAUGAGAAAAUUGAUCCCCAACAUGCUAUUUUGCUUGUUGGUGUGCCAGCUGACACCGAUGUUGCGUUUAUCGAAGACACAGUGCAAACGGUCAAAGUCUUUGGGCGAGUACGGGCUCGCGCAACAAAAGAAGGCACAGUUCCUGGGACUAUUUUGGUAUUAUGUGAGUGCAGAGAGAAAAUCUGCCCCGCUCAGGUGCCAUAUGAAGUGUUGCCAUCCUCUGGGGAGACCUGGGAAAUUGUUGUGAUAAAAGAUGAGGACCCUAAUAUGAAUGCUUUUUCAGGGAGGUUAGCUCAGUUCCUAAAUAGGGAGGGCAAAAACAUUACUGACCUUCAAAGCCUGAUAAACCCCUUGGUUUCAAAUGUUACAUCACCUGAGACAAUCAUUCGUGCCAUUGGGGAGUUAUUGGAGAAAACUAAGCCCACUAGCGAUGGUCAAGCCUACCGUCGCUUACGCAUAUUUUCUGGUCUCGAGCCUACCCCAGUAGGUGAAGAGAAUAGUGAGAAUUGGCUUGAACAAGCUAGAUUGAUGAUUUCAGAGUCAGACUGCUCCGCCAAGGAGAAGCGCAAACGUAUUGUGGAAAGUCUCAAAGGACCAGCAUUAGAGGUGAUAAAGGCAGUAAGAGCCAACAACACAGAUGCUACCGCCCUCGAGUAUAUUGAGGCUCUGGAGAGUGCUUUUAGCACCUCAGAGUCGGGUGAGGACUUGUAUUUUGCUUUUCGUUUGCUUCGACAAGAGCCUGGGGAGGCCUUGUCUGAUUUUCUACGUAGACAAGAAAGAUCGCUAACGUUAGUGAUCAAACGGGGAGGGUUAACUCCUCAGAGAGCUGAUCGUGCCCGUGUAGAACAGUUGUUAAGGGGUGCGAUUGAAUCAGAUUUGAUGCUAUUGAAAUUGCGGCUGCAUGAACGGAAAGAAAAUCCCCCCACGUUUCUUAGACUUCUCAAUGAGAUUCGAGAAGAAGAAGAAAACGAAGCAGCUAGACGUAAGCUUGGUGUCAGUGUGAAAGAUAAGACAGUAAAAGACAGAGGGAAAGGCUCACUGUCAAAUCGAGACAACUUGAAAGUAGAUGCUAAAGAGUUAAGACUCCAACUGGGUAGCACAAGUCUGUCGCAGCCCUCCGAGAGGGAUUAUGUUAAAAGCAAAACUGAGGUAAGGCCCUCAGACAACCCGUUAAAUGCAGAGGUUCUAGCCCUAAAAGCUCAAGUAGAACAAUUACAGAAACAAUUGUCUGUGCUUAGUGUAGGGACGAGUAGUCCGAAUACUCAAGAGUUCCUGGUGAGCCGUGGUUCCGUUGCUCCAAUAAGAUCAGCAGGUAAAAGCAGUGACGGCUUUUUCUGUUACAAUUGUGGAGGAGAUGGCCAUAUUGCCAGCAAAUGUGAACAUGCUGCAAAUUCUGGUUUAGUCAUUCAGAAACUGCUACAAUUACUCCGCAAAUCUAAAGAGAAAAAAACCCGCUUCAGGACAAAGAGAUACAGAUGUAGGGAGGAGUGA